AGGGUUGACCAGCAUCCAGUAUAACAACUUGAAGACCACCAAGCGAAGUACUACAUUGGCAAGGUCUCAUACCGCAAGCGGGCACAGUUAAUCACUAGAAAUCUAACACAGAGUAUACGCCAUGGCUUCAGCAUCGUCAAGCCAGCCCAACACGACACUCUACAUCAACAAUCUCAAUGACAAGAUUAACAAAGAGGAGAUGCGGUCCCAGCUAUUCGCCCUCUUCACCACCCACGGCAGAGUAAUCGACGUCGUCGCUUCCAAGGGACCAAAAAUGAGAGGACAGGCGUUUCUUGUCUUUACCGACCUAGCAGGAGCAACCACGGCGAUGAGAGCAUGUGAGGGCAUGAUAUUCUACGACAAACCACUACGUAUCACCUACGCAAAGUCAAAAUCAUACGCUACUUCACGCAGAGAGGACCCUAAUUUCGUCCCCCCCACCAGCGUACAUGCAAGAUCGAAUCUGUUACAAAUCGGAAAAUCAACCAUCUCAUCCGCGGAUAAGCGGCAAAGAGACGAGGAAGAUGUCGAUGGCGAACGUAAGUCCAAGAGAGAGCGAUCUGAAGAAGAGUCUGAAGAUGAUGAGGAGAUGGAGAUCGACGAAGAUGAGGAACAACAAAAUCGCGUCCCAGCCACUAUGCCUCAGAUAACUGAGCAACCGUCUGCUCACCUGUUGUGUACAAAUCUUCCUCAAGAAGUAACAGAUGAUGUACUAUCCGUUUUAUUCCAGCAGUACCAAGGCUUCCAGUCAACGCAUGUUUCACCGUCACCAACGUCGAAUGCAGCUGGAAUGAAAGUUAAAAUGGCUCAAGUGCUAUUUGAAUCACCUGAACUCGCAACCACCGCCAAAGAAGCACUGGAUGGGUUCGCACUGAAAAAAGGAUGGAAGAUGACUGUCGCAUACAUAUGAUGCUCCUCAAAAUUUCUAAUUAUUCUUGACUUGCGAUGUCUUCUUUGCGCUCAAAUGUUCUCAGUCUAAUGAUUGAUGAUCAGGAAGACAAUCUAUCCGAUGGCUUGCAUGAUUGUUGAAAAGAGCAGAGCGGAUGUGUGUAACAUUCUAGAUGUGAAAAUAAUUGGACAAACUGCGAUCAUUGUCCUAUAAGUACAAGAGCGAUAUGCUUGAUUGAAUAACUCGACUAUGAUCCCCUCUUCAAACACUUAGGAUU